AUGACAACUCAAAAACACGGCCUCGACUUGCGCGCCACCUUCAACGUCCGGCUGACGUUGACGGUAUUGCUGAUUGCAUUCUCUCAGUUCAACUUUGGGUUCGAGAUGUCCGUCUUCUCUGGAACCCAAGCAAUGAACUACUUUGAGAAGCAAUUUGGUACAUGGAGCCCGACUGCGAAGAAGCACAUCAUCGAUCCUCAAUGGCUGUCUCUGUUCAAUUCACUCCCAUACAUCAGCUUCAUGAUCGGUCUCCUUGCGGGCAGCUAUGUCAGCAACCGCUGGGGCAGGCGUAUGUGUGUUUUCACCAUGAGUAUUUGGGCCAUCGCCGCAGCUGCCAUUGUCGUCACUGCAAAGAAUAGGGACCAUCUCUUAGCUGGUCGCGUUCUCAACUACGUCUACAUCGGCAUGGAACUUGCCGUGGUCCCCAUCUACCAAUCCGAAAUCGUACCUGCGCGAUCUAGAGGCUUUGUUGUAUCCACUUACCAGACCAGUGUCAUUUCUCCUCGUUGGCUCGCCGGCAAGGCUCGUCAUGAGGAAGGCCUCGCAGCACUUCGCAAGCUCAGGGAGGGCAAGAUGACCGAAGAUGGGAUCGUGUCAGAGUACGGCCUCUUGGAAACCGCUUCGUCCCGCUACCAAGAGAAAGGAACGUUCAAGGAACUGUUCUGGAAGGCCAAUAUUCGUCAAACAUUUAUUGUCAUCGGUAUCAACUUCUUCCUCCAGACGACUGGCUACACCUUUCAUUUGGUGUAUGGCUCUGUCUACAUCAAGUCACUGGGCACGAUCAACCCUUUCAACAUCAACUUGAUCAAGUCCUUUGUCGCUCUUGUCGUGGCCAUCGCGACCAUGUGGGGCUGCGAUAUUGUUGGACGACGACGCCUUUUGAUGAUCGGAGGUUCGAUUCAAGCCGUAGCUCUGAUGGCGAUGGGCAUCAUUGGAACGGUUGUCCCAGCCUCCAACGCAAAGAACUCGGCCAUUGUAGCCAUGAUGAUCGUCUUUGUUGUGGGCUGGACGUGUGGAUGGUCGCCAAACUCACAUAUUCUAAGCGCGGAGAUCCCGAAUCAGAGGCUGCGAGACAUGUCUUACAGGGCCGGGUCUGUGAUUAACGUAAUCAUGCAAUUUGUCACCGCAUUCACUCUCCCGUAUCUUCUGUUCCCGCCUUACGCAAAUCUCCAGUCAAAGGUCGGCUUCAUCUACGGUUCGUUCGCCGUGCUUGCCGUGCUAUUCACCUACUUCUGCAUUCCAGAGCUUCAAGGGCGUACACUGGAAGAAAUCGAGCAAUUGUUCGCGAUGAACAUCCCCAUCAGACGGUUCAAGGACACGAAGACGCUAUCAGGUGCCAGGGUCUCUGAGGACAUUGAAGCUGAUGCCAAGGAUGAUAAGUCAAUUGCUUGA